CUCAAACUCUGUGAACUGUCAAGAAUUGGAGAAGACAAUGGCCUUCCAUUCUGAUAAUGUACAUUUGGAUGAAGAUGGAUACACUCAAUUAGACUUUCGCUCCCGAGGCACCCUCAGGACACUUGUGAACUCAAAGAAAGGAUCUUGCGCUGGUUGUCGAACUAUUGCUGUGAUUUCGGGGAUUCUAUGUUUGAUUCUUCUUACUGUUACUGCAGUCCUGGGUGCCAUGGGAACGCUUUCUAUUUCUCGUUCUUGUCCCUCUGACUGGCUCAAGCAUAGGAAGAGCUGCUAUUUGUUUACAGAUACUCAAGAAUCCUGGUAUGUAAGCAAAAGAAAAUGCUCUCUGUGGAAUUCUAGUCUCCUGAAGAUAGACAAUGCUGAUGAAUUGGAAUUUAUAGAUGAGAAAGUGGAUUUACAAAAAACUAAAUCCUUUUGGAUAGGACUUUCUCGCAAAGAUAAAGAGGCACCGUGGCUAUGGGAAGAUGGUUCAGGGAUAUCCCCAGAGUUGAUUGAUGUCAAACCAACACCUGCACCACAAAAUGCAUCUCACAAUUGUGUAUGGAUUCAUCAGUCGAUCUUUUAUGACCAACUUUGUAGUCAUGUUUCAUACUUUAUUUGUGAAAAAAGGCUGGUAAUGUAAAGUUAUGGAGGAGAAACACAGAAAGAGUGAACCCAAAGUGAAAAGCCAUAAGUAGCCCCAAAAUAUUGCUGGGUGUGAUGAAAAAAAAAGAAAGAAAAUAAAAAGGAAGGAAGGAA